CAGAACUUUCAGAAAUAAAAAGUGAACAAGGGGAGUAAAGAAUAUGCUUCGCAUCGAAGCGUGUUGUCGUUUUCCUGGUAGCAAACAUUCUUCAAAUUGGGCAUACAUUAGAUGCGAUUCCUGAACCAAAAGCACAGUAGAAAGCAUAAAAACAGUUAAAGAUGGAGCCUGCAUCAUCCGGUGAAUACGUGUUCUGCAACGAUCGAAUCAAAUUUCGCCGAUUGCGCUCCCAAAACAUUGUUCAUCGACUGCGGAAUCGUGAGGCAGGCUUUCGACAUCGCACAUCUCAGCAUGCCGUCCGAGAGCUGUAUCAAAACAUCUACCCGAACCUAACCAUCGUCAAAGUGGAGCGGCCACCCUGUUACCUGCGCAAAUUUAGCCCGGAUGGAAAGUAUCUCAUUGCUUUUUCGUCCGAUCAGGCCGCGCUGGAAAUCUACGAAUACCAGGGAUGUUCGGCGGCCGGCGAACUGUUGAGUACCUGCGGCGAAUCAAAAAUGCUGGUUGAAUGUUUGAACGUAAAUGGCAUACGGGCAAACAUCUUUGAUAAGUUGUUCAAACUAAAGCACGUGGUCAAUUUGGAGAAUCACGAAAAGCAUUUGAAUCGUGAAUGCAGUCUUUUCACCAACGACGGUCGGUAUGUUAUCGUGGGAGCAGCAUCCUUUAUACCGGAGGAAAAUAGGCCAAAUUUCUACGAGCUGUACACUAACAACGAAGUUAUUAAACCGACUGCCGGAUGCCCACUCGAGGACUACACGCUGUACAUAAUCGAUCUGCAUUUUGGACGUAUUUCACACUCCAAGGACUUUCGCGUGGAUAAAAUAAUCCUCUCCCACAAUCAGGGAGUUUAUCUGUACAACAACACGUUGGCGAUUCUUUCUAUACACCAUCAGACAAUUUACAUAUUUUCGAUAGCCGAGGGAACCUUCAUAGAGGAGCGUGCCAUCGGGAGAUUUUGUAGCCAGGAUGAUCAGUAUCUUUACAACAAUACCUUCGCCUCGGAGCGAUCAAGUGCCUUUCGGGAACCGACAAUCAACAGUCUCAAGCAUCGAAUGCUGGUGUUUCUCUUUAAGGUGGCCAAAGAGCGGGAGGAAAGUGGGCUCGAUCGUUUAGCUCUAAGAAAAUUCUAUCGGCGCUUCGAUGAUUAUAAAGACAUGCGCAUGUGGAAGAUGCAGCUCCUUGAUGAUGAUCACCUGUUCAUCAAGUACGCCCAUGAAGACGUUGUAACACUGAAGGCACACGAACCAAAUAGUCAACAUUCGUUGUUCGUGGUCUAUCACAUCUGGCGCAAGCAGAUACUGGGGGUAUACAGCAAUCAAUGCCUAACUAUACUAGCAAUGUACGAACAGUUUUGUGACAGUUUUCGCAACUCGACCCAAAGUAACCGGACACCGUUCACCUGCUCGCCGAGUAACAACAUCUACAGUAAGUUGUUGCACACAAGGUUCAAGCAGACCAUCAUUGGGGCACGCGGAGGCAGCGAGAUGGAGGCAACAAAGCGCAUUCUAGCCCAACUGCCGAUCAGUGCGCAGAGCUACUCCAGCUCGCCGUACCUCGACCUAGGGCUUUUCAGCUACGACGAUAAAUGGGUAUCGGCCAUGGAGCGGCCGAAGGCGUGUGCCGAGUUCCCGAUUCGAUUCUAUGCUCGCGAUUCGGGCCGGCUUAAGUUUCGCAUUUUUGCCGGUGCCGGUCAGCAGGCUAACGCUCAGGCGGGCACCCGCCGCUUGGUGGCAUUCAUCUUCCAUCCCACGGAACCGUUCGCCAUCAGUGUGCAGCGUAUCAACACGGACUACAUUGCGAACUUUCAUUUACGCCAUGUUCCUUGUGUUGAGGAUCCCCGAUAACGAAGUUCAAACCAGGGGGAAAUUUUUUUUAACGAUUUAAAAAAGCGGAGCAAUGAAACAGACAAUAAUAAAAAAUGUUUAAC